AUGGACCACCUCUCGAGACCCUCGCUUGCGUUGCCGCUUAUUCUUAGCAUUGGAUCUUGUUUGUACCUUAUCGCGCUUGGUAUCUAUCGCCUCUAUUGGCAUCCUCUGGCGCAUUUCCCAGGCCCGAAGCUCGCAGGACUCUCAAGAUGGUACGAAUUCUAUUAUGAGGUAGUCCGUAAGGGCAAUUUAACGUUUCAUCUUCCCGACCUUCACCGAAAAUAUGGUCCCAUUGUUCGAAUCACCCCGGAUGAACUUCACGUGGAGGACAGUGACUAUUGGGAGUAUCUCUAUUCUCGCACUUCUCGACUUGACAAGUACGAAUGGAUGUCAGGACGAAUGGGCAGUGAUGGGAUGAUUUUCACGACUGCCAACAGCGACCUUCACAAGCUUCGCCGAGGUGUCUUGAACCCGUUCUUCUCCAGACGGAGUAUCGCCAAGUUCCAGCCUUUCAUCAAAGAGAAGAUCCAAAGCCUAUGCGCAAAAUUCGAACAGUAUAAAGAGGAUGGACGAAUCUUGGCCCUCAAUCAUGCAUUCAGUGCGUUUGCUGGGGAUGUCAUUUGUCAGUACUGCUUUGGUCUUUGCUACAAUCAUCUGGAGUCGCCGAACUUCGAAGAGAGUUUCCACGAUGCGUUCAUUGCGGUGAGCGCCUUUGGCCACACAACCCUCCAGUUCCCCUGGGUGACGCCCAUAAUCAAUUCGCUCCCUGACCGUCUGGUGGACAAGAUGAAUCCUGCAUUGCACAUGCUUCUAGUACUCAAGAAAGACUUCGAGAGGAUAAUCAGCAAGAUAGCGAAGAGCGAACGUAAGAAUCCUGAACCUCUAACUGUUUUCCACGAAGUGCUCAACAGUGACCUCCCGGAGCGAGAAAAAGACCUGAAGCGUUUAGGGGACGAGGCCUUUGGUAUCCUGGGUGCUGGCACAGAAACCACUGCCUGGGCACUCACUCUCGCCGCCUUUUACCUCAUCAAUCAACCAGCAACGAUGGAGCGACUGCAGGUGGAACUGAAGGCUGCGAUUCCCGAUCCGAUAGCGCCACUGGACUGGCUACGUCUCGAAGAAUUGCCUUACCUUAGCGCAUGCAUCAAAGAGGCAGUUCGGUUAUCUUAUGGCGUAACUUCACGAAGUCCUAGGAUUUCGCCGGACAGGCCGUUCAAAUACAAAUCUUGGGAUAUCCCCGCUGGAACACCAGUCUCCCUCACAAUAGUCGAUGUCCACAACGACGAGGCCGUUUUUCCGGAUUCCCAAUCCUUCACGCCCGAGCGUUGGCUGAACAAUCCGAGGACACAUAACGGCUCGUCACUUGAUCGCUAUUUUGUGUCAUUUGGCAAGGAUGCAAGAUCUUGCCUUGGGAUCAAUCUGGCACAUGCCGAACUUUACAUGGUCCUUGCUACCAUCUUUCGCCGAUUCACCUUUGAGCUGUACGAAACAGAUGUGUCCGACGUGCGCAUGGCGCAUGAUUUCUUCAUCCCCUCGCCCAAGUUGGAUUCCAAGGGCGUUAGGGUAAGAGUGGUUGGAAUUGACAAUUAG